CAGGUUCAGGCUCAAUUCACACCCCGAAUGAUAGUGGACAACGAUACGAAUCUGGUGCGGUACACGGGCCCCUGUUGCAAACAACGUGCCCUCUUUUUUUAAAACCUAAAUCUAAAAUUACCUAUCCCCUAACUGUAGACUGUCGUCCAGUGCUCCACCCUCCGCCCCGCUCUUCCGCUACGACGCCAGAUUAUACCAAACAAAGAAUUUCAAGUUAGCAAAAAUGUCAAUAAAACCAACAGUGGCUCUGAGAGCCAUACUUGUAGGAGGAAUAGCGGCUUUUGCUAAAAUCGGUGGUGCCAUAAAAGCCGGAGGGGGAGCUAAAGUUGCAGCAGCAGCCGCUGCUGCUGCAAUGACAGCUGCAACAUCGGUAGCUGUUUCGGGAUCCAAACAAGAACAGCAGGAUUCUGCUAAGCAAUUUCCAAAAUAACAAAUUUUGGCAACGCUAGCUAUUUGGUGGCAAAAAAGGCAUUAUGCGACCUAAACUCAAGUUUGAAGGUUUUGCAGCCUGUUGGGCAAAGCAACACAAUGUAGGAAUAAAAUGUAUUAUGAUUG